AUGGAUAGAAAGUCUGCUAGAAUAAAAGCAGAGUUACAAAGAUAUGGUUGGAGAGUUUCGAAGAAUUUUAAAUAUAGGAAGGGAAGACCCAUAAAAGUCUAUGACAAAUUGUCUGGUCUUCGCUACGAAAUGGAUUUGGAAACAGCACGUGCAAAUUAUCCAAACAGACUAGAGAGGUUAGAAGAAGAACGUCUUAUGGACAUGCCUUUCGAUGUUAGUGAACCUCAAGUUGAAGGACACGACGGCUUUGCCAGAUUCUACUGGAAACAUGACGAACAAUUGCAUCCUUUGAGAAGGAAAAAAGGAAAAGGUGAAGACGCACAUGCUCCCAUGGAAAGAACAAGAUAUGCAUAUGAAAAGUAUCGUGAAGUUAGAAGUCAAAUUACAUCUGGUCGAACCUUUACAGUAAACUUUGACGAAGGAAAGAACAAAGAAGGCUUCAUGGGA